UAAGGAUCUAAAGUAGAUUGUGACUUUCAAAUUUCUUCAUUUAAGGUGCAAAAUUGUUAAUAGGCUUAUAUCUGUAGACCAAGUAACUUCUAAAGCUUGUUAACACAAACAUAGCAAAAAAAACACCGGAGGGAGUCAUGGAUUAUGAUGGUGGAUUUCAUGAGGUCGAAAAAGAUGGUGAACUAUUUCUGGUAUACCACCACCCAAAAUACCGACCUAUGCCACAAAUAAAAAGCCCAUCCUCAUCUGCUGAAGUAGCCAACCACGAUCACCCUCCUCUACCCCUUUUCAUAUGCCCUCGUGAACGAUGGCGAAAAGGAACUCAUACAGAUUCCAGACUUGUCUUGAUCAAUUCUUCUCCUGAGUCUGUCCUCUCUGGUAAGGUUGGUGGUCAUCAUGUGCUUCCUUUGUUUUGGUGCAACAAUAAAAAUUUCGGCGACGAUUAUAAGGAAUGCGGUAUGUGCUCUAACUCAAACUUUGGCACAGAUUAUUACUUUUGUGCUUGGUGUUUAGAAAAGUACCACAAAGAAUGUGUAGAGUCUCCACUUAAAAUUAAACACCCGUACUAUCCUUAUCAUCAUUCUUCUCUCGAACUCUAUUAUUAUGAAGAUUUAGCUGUUUGUAUACGUUGUGGAAGGAACAUGUACGGGGGCUUGAUGUAUCGUUGUAAUGUCGAUCAAACUUUCAUGCAUCCAGUAUGUGCAAUGAAGCCGAUACCCAUUGUUAUAUACCAACAAAAAAUACAUGAUCAUCCCCUUACCUUUUUCCCUAGACAAGAUUCAUUAAUCUGCAACGUAUGUGGAUUUCUAGAAAAAGAUCCCUCCUAUGUCUGUCUCAGAUGCAACUUUGUAGCUCACGGAAGAUGUGUAGAGUCUCCACACACCAUCAAGAUAUCACGUCACCACCAUCGUAUUUCCCGUGUUUCUUCUCUUCGAUAUGAAAAGUGGCCAUGCGGAGUUUGUCGUCAAAGUAUCGACGGUAAUUAUGGUGCAUAUACAUGUAAGGAAUGUGAUGAUUACUAUGCUGUUCACUCGAAAUGUGCUCUAGGAAAAGAUGUGUGGGAUGGAGAAGAACUCAAAGGUGUACCCGAAAAAGAUGAUAUGGCAAAAGAUGCACCACCGUUCUGCAAAGUAUUUGAAGGAGUGGUCCAUUAUUUUCUUCAUGACCAUCAUCUGCGAGUCGAGAAAAACAUACUCUAUGAUGAAAACAAGUUUUGUGAAGCGUGUGUCAUGCCUAUCAUUGAAGAUGAAUUCUAUUCAUGUGCGGAGUGUGACUUCAUCCUCCAUGAAACAUGCCUAAAAGCUCGUCGCAGAAUACAACAUGCGUUACAUCCUCAUCCACUUACAUUAAAGGCUACCAACAAUUACGUUUCGAGUUCGUGCUCAGCUUGUUUUCGUUGUUGUGGUGGCUUUGUUUAUGAGUGUCCGAAACAUGAAUGUUAUUUCAAGCUCGAUGUGAGGUGUGCUUUGAUUUCAGAGCCGUUUGAUUACCAAGGUCAUGAGCAUCCCUUGUUCCUAUCUUUACACCCAAAAGAAUAUGUAUUAUGCGAGGUAUGCAAAUCUAAAUGUAAUGAUUCUCCGUUAAGUUGCAUAAAAUGUGCUUUCAUUAUCUGUAUAAAAUGUGCCACCUUACCAUACAAAGUAAGCUGGUAUAAGAAGGACGAACAUUUUCUCACACUUUCAUGGGGAGAAGGGAGGUGUGAGAAAUAUUGGUGCGAAGAGUGCGAAGAUAUAGUCGAGAGAUUAUUCUAUUGGUGCAAUGAUUGCUGCACCAUCCUUCAUACUCACUGCUUAUUCAGCAGAGAGCCAUAUCUGAAACCUGGUCAAGUUCUCAAAGUAGGAGAGAAGGUGUUUCAAAUUCUCGCCAGAUGUAAUAUUUCUCGGCCAAUUUGCUAUUACUGUAUGAAGCCUUGUCAAGGAAAAAGAUUUACAAGAGAUAACCUGACUGUAUGUUCCUUGAGUUGUGCUUCUAACUAUACUUAUGAUUACGAAGAAGAUUGAGUAGAGCUUUGACUCCUAUCAUAUGCUAUUGUCUUCGGUUUCUUUCUCUUAUCGUACUUGGUGUUGAAUCAAUAAUUGGUAAAGUAUCGUGAAGUUAAAUAAACAAGUAUUCGGAGUCGGCCUA